CGGGUCAGUUCAUGCCGUUUCCAAACAAGCGGUUAUAUUUAUUCAUUUCUGGUUUUAUUCCAUGCAUGCGAUAUUUAUGUGAGAUUACACAGACAGAACUUGCUUGAUAAGAUAAGCAUACGUGAUCUUUAUCAUUUCAACUAUAAUAAAUGAUAAUUGCACGCAUGUGUUUAGAAUAAUAAUUUUCAUACAACCGCGUCAGAACUACGAAUAUACAUUUAUGCAUUAACAGAAUCGAUUUUCUUUCAAGGGCCUCUCAGCCAGCCAGACAAAAAUUUCUAUCGAAUUGAAAGGAUUGUAAGGAUCGAAUGUAAUGCGAUAAGAAACAAACCCGAAGCCUGUCGAUACCUUCACAAAGAGCCUUUAAAUUAGGCUAACCUUCUCUCUUAGUUUAAUUUUUUUUAAAUGUUAAUUUAUUUGUACAAGCGCAAGGCGACUUAACUUUUUAUGAGUAAAAAAUAAUGGGAAGUUGAAUACAAAGAAUUUUCCAUCCUAAUGUUUCGAAAUAUCCAAUUAUAACAUCUUAAUUUCUUGGGGUUGAGCAAGAUGAUUGCGCAUUCGAAAUGAUUACAUUUGAAGGGUGAAAACUGAGCUGUUUUAGCAUGACUCCACCUCCCAGCCAAUCUUCGAGUCGCGAGAUAAUUACGCGCUGCGAAAAUGCUCCUUUUUUGGGGCUAACGAAAUGAUUUUUUUUUCAGAAAUGACUAAUUAACCGUUGGAUGUGUUUUUCCGCGCAUGUGCAAUGCCUCCCACGCGGGACUAGCACCUGCUGACGGGCGCGCAGUUGCGCCAAACAAAGAAAUGAACACACACGCGCUUUACUAAGCAGCUGCGUUUAGUGCGUAUUAUUGCGAUUCUUAAUAAAUAAAGUUAGUUUUAUAGACUUAAGCGAGAUACGCUUUGUUGGAAUACCCAUCGCGGUCUACUUUUUACCAGUUUAUGUAUAAGGAAUAGAGCUGCAGGGAAUGGCAUGAUUUGUGUGUGUGUGUGUGUGAUCAAGUUUGUCCGCCCACAGGCAACUCUUGAUUUUCGAGCUGAUAAAUAGACAGAUGUUGUUACUCGCGUCUAUUUAGUGCCAGUUCGCUGCUCAUUGCACUGACGAAUUCGAUGCACAUCGCUUUUCAGGAUGAAGAGUAUGGACAAAGCACCGGCAACAAGUUCGUCCAGCCUUCUUGUCCAGUUAUUCCUGUUUUUUUGUUACUUAAUCUUCGGCGCAUUCGUUUUCCGAGCCCUCGAACUGGAGAACGAGGCACGUGAAAGACGACUUCUACUCAACUCAAGAAAGGACUUACAAAGAAAAUACAAUGUUACAGAGGAGGAUUUAAGACGCUUCAUCAAACUGAUACAGGCCAUCGCAGAUCAGGGAUUCUCAGAUGAAUGGGUCGAUCGAUGGAACUUCAUUGGCGCGUUGUUCUUUUCAGGCACAGUCGUUACCACUAUCGGUUACGGUCAUCUCGCUCCGACGACGAACAGCGGUCGUAUAUUUUGCAUAUUUUACGCACUAAUUGGAAUACCUCUGACAUGGAUGUUGCUGGCUCGUUUGGGAUACAUGAUAUCAUAUGGGGUGUCAAGAGCCAUAUCAGAAUUCGAGAAGAGAUUUCUUAAACGUGAUCCCAGAAAUGUGGGUUUGAAAUGCACCCUUGUGACAUUUUUAAUGGCCUUUACAAUGAUUCUUCUCAUCGCCUGCGUCGCACAUUACAGUGAACAAUGGUCAUUUCUCGAUGGUAUCUACUUUGGUUUUGUAACACUAAGUACUAUAGGAUUUGGUGAUUUGGUCCCACUCCAUCCAUGUCCUGGUCAAGACACGGCCGCAUAUGCUGCCCACGUGACUGUAUUUACGGUAAUGACGUUGCUAUAUUUUACCAUCGGUCUGGCAAUCGUAUCUAGCAUGAUGUUAUCAAUCAGCGCUGCUAUGGAAGACCCAUCGUUGCUCGGCUUUCACAAAGUAGCCAAUACCGACCAAUCCUGUCAGGACAGUGAAUUCGAUUAGGAUUCUUGUACGCGCCAUAUGACGCCAUCAAGUUUCUCUCACCUGAUGACGUCAUAUGGGCAGCGAUGUUCCUGGAACCUACUACGUAAUCGCUUUCACGGAAUUCACGUACCAAUAGAGAGUGAAUAGUGUUCAUUGAUACCCCUCAAUUUGCAGGACACUGCAGCUGUGCCAAUGUGCCAGCAAAUGAAUUGAAAUUAUUUUUAAACAAUAUUCUUGGCACAAUCUUGAUGAAAAGAUAUUUUGUUUAAAGUAAUUUCAAUGUUGUUGGAAUUGUCCUUAAUCUUGGAGUUAUAGAUCUCUUGGUACAAAACUAUGCUUCUCUAAAAACGGAGAAUUUGAAUUAAAGGAUCUGCAUUAAAAUAUGGCAGCAUUUUUUACCAGGGAGACGUGUGUUCUACCUAUAGGAACAACCGAACAAGGUUUUAUUUAGGCAAUAUGAAAACAAAGUGGUCACAACCCUCUAGUUUACUGUCAUCUUUGACUGAAAUCCAUUCUGUUACAGGCAAAUCAAACUCAUCAUCGUAUCGUACAGUUAAUUUAUUAUUUUCAUUC